AUGGGAGCGUUCAGCCGACAGAUGUUUUUCCAGGAGCUUGCUCAUGGCUGCCUGCUGCCUACAGCUCAGCAGGGCCUGGAGCAGGUAUGGCAGCUGCUGGUUAUCUGCCUGCUAUGUCGGCUCCUCUGGAUGUUGGGCCUCCCCUCUUUUGUGAAGCACCUGGGCACAGUGGCCGGAGGUUUCUACACUCUCUACCUGUUCUUUGAGCUUCAUAUGAUCUGGGUGGUCCUCCUCAGCCUUCUCUGCUACCUCUUCCUCUUCCUGUGCCGCCACUCAACCAUACGAGGCACCUUCCUCUCCAUCACUGUGCUCAUCUACCUGCUAUUGGGGGAACUGCACAUGAUGGACACCACCAACUGGCAUAAGAUGAGAGGUUCACAGAUGGUGGUUGCCAUGAAAGCCAUUUCUCUGGCCUUCGAUUUGGACAGAGGUGUUGUGACCAGUGUACCCUCACCCAUUGAGUUCAUGGGCUAUAUUUACUUUGUGGGGACAGUCAUCUUUGGGCCCUGGAUCAGCUACAACAGCUACAAAGAAGCUUUGGAAGGACGUAAGCUGAGUUUUGCAUGGCUUUUUAAAGUCUCUGUUAGCUGGGUGAAGAGCCAGGUCUGCCUUGUUAUUUCCAACUGUGUGGCACCAUACCUCUUCCCUUAUUUCAUACCUGUUUAUGGAGACAAGCUACUACGAAGCAAAAAGAGGAGGAAGAUCAGAGGUACACUGGCAAAGUGGUUGUUGGCGUAUGAGAACACAAUGUCGUUCCACUUCAGCAACUAUUUUGUUGGUUAUUUCAGCGAGACCACCGCUACUCUGGCUGGAGCAGGCUUCACUGAAGAGAAAGAAAACCUUAAAUGGGAUAUGACUGUGUCCAAGCCUCUGAAUAUAGAGUUUCCUCGGUCGAUGGUGGAGGUGGUAACGUCAUGGAAUCUGCCUAUGUCUCGCUUUCUGCACACCUAUGUUUUUAAGAGUGCUCUCAAAUUCGGGACAUUCUCUGCCAUCAUGGUGACAUAUACAGCCAGCGCCCUUUUGCAUGGUUUGAGUUUUCAUCUGGGCGCAGUGCUAAUAUCUCUGGGGUUCAUCACGUACAUUGAGCACGUGUUGCGAAAGAGGCUUGCAGUCAUUUUUAAUGCCUGUAUACUGACAAAGAAAUGUCAGCCAAAUUGCAGUCACCGGAACAAAAAGGAGCUAUGGGUCUAUAUGAUUAACAUAGCAUUCAGCGCUUUGGCAAUUCUCCACCUGACGUACCUGGGCUCUGUGUUCAAUUCCAGUGUGGACUACAUGGAGGACGAUGAGGACGAUAUCACCCAUCAUACAAUUCAGAAGUGGUCAGAGCUGAGCUGGACAAGCCACUGGGUCACGUUCGGAUGCUGGAUAUUGUACCGCCUCAUUCUUUAAUGAUAAGAGACAGAGAAAGGCUGAAGGAAGCAAUAAUGAGAGAUGUAAGGCUGGUUCUCCACUUCUGCACUGUGACUUUAUCCUGCGUCAGACCGAAGACAACAGAUUCAACCUGUAUAUGACAAUAAACCAACACGCAGUGUUCAGGUUGCGCCGCAUGUUGGCCCGGUAAUCUAUUAUUCUAACCUGCUGGGGACUAGUUUUGAUAUCCAUGACAUGAUAGCCCGCUCCUCCCUCCUUUUCUCCAUAUCGCAUCCUUUAUAUCUGAGCCGCAGUUGUCGAGCCCUCAUGUUGUGACAGCAGUUACCGAUGUCUCACUGUGAGACACAAUCAAUAGCUGUCAGCAUGGUGGAGAUCGGCUGCUCCUUUCUGUGGACACACGAUAGAGCCCAUUAUCUAGGUUUCACCAUUGACUGCAGCAGAUGUCCUCCAGAUGUGGUUUCCCUUCACCUCAAGUGUUUUAGAAUUGUGUUUUUAGGUUUGAAGGAUAAAACUGACAAUAUUCUUAUAGUCAACAAAUCACAUGAAAACUUGAAAAAAUUACUUAAACCAACAAUGAAAUGGUACAUCUCUCAAUACUUUAUGUCUUCCCCGGCUUUUCUGCCUGUGACACUCAGCCCCAAGCCUAUUCACUAUACUUUGAUUUUUAUGAAAUGCUCAAAAUCAUUUCCUAGAACAGCUGGGCACUGUACUUUUUAGCAAGCGUUACUCAAACGAGUAAAUACAUACAGCAUUUGUUUGGAACUGUUUUCAAUGGCAGAUCAAUACAUGUUUUGUGCUCUAGUGACUAUUUUCGGCUGCAGAACGGUGAAUGAGCCAUUGAUUCAGAACACACUACAGUGCCCAUGUUCUUUGUAAUGAAGGAACAUGUCACCCAGUGCAACAGUGUCGUUCAUGCAUAUGUUUUAGACAACAAUGGAGAACUAUGACACAGCAGAAUAAGCUAUAUCAAGCUACAGAGACAACUCUGUAAGUAGAAUCAGUUCAUUGUUGCUUUUGGUCUUUUCAUGGGAUUUGUUGGCAAUAAGAAAAUUAUAGAAUAUCACCAGACCUAUCUUUUAACAGAGCUUGUCUUUUGAGCAUGUGUAAGACAACAAAGAGUUUACUUUUGAAUGAAAAGAGCACAGGUUAUGG